UUGUGACCUCUCCAAUCAACAGGCCACCGAUAUUUUAAUUUUAGAUGCAACUUUUGUUUGUUUCUUUUGACACAACCUUAAACGGGUCCAAUUGAAGCAAACCUCGGCUAAUUAACUCUGUUCUGUUGGAUAAACUAAGGAGCUAUAAUUUCUUAUUCAUCGCUGGCGCCGUUGACAGUGAUACGGGUCUCGGCAUUUAGAACACGCUUCAUUCAGCUAGCUGCCUUUUUGCGGAUCGCUUGCGCAAGUUCAUUCUCCCGUGCCUUUACACACUGUCUGACUGCUACUAGGUCAAUAUGUUUUCACGAGUUUCCCUUCACUUCCUCGCCUUCAUUCUCACCAUCACUCGGCCUAAGGUUGGAUAUGCCGCAAAAAGUCAUUUGUCUUCUCAAGAGAUCAUCAAGGCAGCAGAACAAUCCGCUUCACGGCCAGAAAAACUAGCAAAUGGUUUGAAAACACAGAGCAUAGAAGCUGCUGAGCCAAACGCUCGAAGUGCGAGGCAGCCUCGCUUUAAAGGAACCUCAUACAUGUCGUUACCAAGGUUACCACGAAGUGCACGUACAUCAUUCGAGCUGUCAAUCAUGUUCAAAGCAAGUAGUGGGGAUGGACUAUUGUUAUAUGGCGGGAGAAAGGACAAGAGAAAAGAUUUUCUGGCUUUAGGGCUUAGAAAUGGGCAUGUGGAAUUUAGAUUUAGCUGCGGAGCAGACAUAGCCCAAGUGCGAUCUCGCCAGAACAUCACUCUCAACCAGUGGCACAACGUGGUUGUGUUCCGUGACAAGCGUGACGCACACCUUAUGGUCGACAAUGGUGACCUAGUCACGCAAUCUCUUAAAGGCACGCAAAGCAUGAUGGAUUUAAAGACCCGUUUGUUUCUUGGUGGCGUUCCACGCAUGCGUAGAGUCACUUCAGACGCUGUCCCUUAUCAUAGUGGCUUUACUGGUUGUGUCAAGAGCUUUGUGGUGGAUGGGCGCAUGCUGGACCUUUCUCAGGCUCUUGGAGACGUUGUCAAGUCCCGCCAAGUUGAGGAGUGCGGCGAAUCACGUGACUGCGAGUGUCACCACAACGCUCCAUGUCACUAUGCCGUCAGCGGAGAGCCUAUUUGCGCAUGCCCAUUAGGAACGUAUGGUCGUUUGUGUGAACACGAUUUUAAACUUGUCAUGCCAUCGUUUUCUGGACAAUCUUAUCUAACAUACCCAUCGUUCGGGCAAUCAACACUAAGGACGUUUACCAUCAGCCUCGUCUUGAAGCCGAGGUCAGAUACGGGCCUCAUUCUUUUCAACAGCCAGAAAAAACAUGGGAAAACAGACUUUAUAUCCUUGUCAUUGAGAGAAGGGAUAGUGGAGUUCAUUUUUGACUGCGGCUCUGGGCCUGCUGUCAUAAGAAGUAGCGCACCGAUCAUGGCCGACAUCUGGCAUACUAUCGUCAUUUCAAGGGAUGGAAGAACAGGGGGUCUAUCUCUUGAUGGUGGACCGCCUGUGGUAGGUACAUCGCCUGGUCGAAUGAGCUUAAUCAGCUUGGAGCAGGAAGUGUAUUUGGGAGGAAUGGCGGACUACAAGCAGCAACCUGCCAUCGUAGACAUGCCACACGGAUUCAAUGGGUGCAUACAGGAGGUAAAAGUUAAUUCCAGAGAGCUGCACCUCCCUUCUGCUCGCUCUGGUCUCAACGUGCUGAAUUGUGAUCACAUCUGUGUCACGCACUUACUGUGUUUCAAUGGCGGCACAUGCCAAGCAAAGAUGGAUCACUACAAGUGUCACUGUGCAGUGGGAUACACGGGCAUGAUGUGCGAGAGAGCUCGGCGGGUAAGCGCUCCUACUUUUGCUGGAGACGGGUUCAUGAAAUUCAAAGGCUCGGAAAUUCUAUCAAGGUUGUCUGGGAAAAAUACGGAACUGGAAUUUCUCUUUCGGACUCAGGAAAGCAGUGGCUUGCUGCUUAGUGUGCAGAAGGAAAGCGUCAGUCAUGGAGAUCACAUCACGAUUGGUCUUAUAGAUGGAAUACUGGAAGUCAGGUAUGACCUAGGGGCUGGUCGUGAGACUGUCAUUAGGUCCACCGCAACACUGGAUGAUGGCUACUGGCACAGCGUGAAGUUUGUCAGAAAGUCCCUCGCAGCCUACCUUAAGGUCGACGACGAAAUUAAAGCCGGUAUCGCUAGUGAUUCCCAGUAUCGACAACUCAACAGUGACGUUUUGUUUAUUGGUGGUGCACCGACAGUCGACAGACGAUUCAUGUCAGGGCUUGUCGGAUGUCUAAAGGAUUUAAUUGUCGGUGACGUUCCUGUCGAUUUAGCGUCGGAAGUAACUUCCGGACAAAAUGUCCGACCGUGUUCUGCGUACUAGAAACAUACAGAUAUCCAUAACGGAUUCGGCCACAAAAUACCAACAUCAAUUACUGAGAAGUUUUAGUCACUUCUCAAUUAUUUAUUUAAAGUAAAACAAUAUAUAUUUGACACUACAAAUAAAGAUGUAUAUAAUUAAUGUAAACUGAUGCAAUGAAUAUAUUCUUGUGAGAAAUAGCAGACGCAGAAAUAGAAAAAUCGGGGUCAAAUCUAUAAUAUAUGUAUAAUAAAAUAGAAUGAUAUCCGUGUU